AUGGAAUUGCUGUGGAUCAAGGAUAUCUUCUCUAGGAAAUUUAUUGGGUUCAGUGGAGUCUUCAAGGUAAAGUUCAUUUUCCAUCUGUUUCCAAUUCUCUUGACUGCGGAUUACAGAGCACGUCCUAUCAUCUCAAAUACAACAUAUGUCCCAGCCUGGAAUGCUCCAAGUGACAACUGUAAAAAACUAUUUCAUAUUUCUGUGGAUCUGAGCUUAUAUGCAUUAAAAGGAAACCCUCAAGACACUGCCAUAAGUCAAACUGUUAGCUUAUUUUAUGUUGAAAAACUUGGCCUCUAUCCACACAUAGAUGAAGAUACUGGAGAGCAUAAACAUGGAGGGAUUCCUCAGCUGGGAAAUAUAUCAGAACAUUUGAAACAAGCUGAGAAAGACAUUUUACAUUACUUACCAAAAGAUGAGUUAGGCUUGGCUGUAAUUGACUGGGAAGAAUGGAGACCUACCUGGAGAAGAAAUUGGUUAAAAAAAACAAUUUAUAGAACUGAAUCAAUUGAGUUGGUAAAAAAUAGGUCAAAGCUUAUAGGUAAGAAUGCUGAGAUUCAGGCACAAAAAGAAUUUGAAGCUGCAGGAAAGGAAUUCAUGCUGAAGACUUUGCAAUUAGGACUGAAACUUCGACCAAACAAUUAUUGGGGUUUUUACCUUUUUCCUGAUUGUUACAAUCAUAAUUAUGUAAGAGUUAGUCCCUACACUGGAAUUUGUUCAGAAUUAGAAAAGCAAAGAAAUGAUGAUCUCCGCUGGUUGUGGAACACAAGCACUGCCCUUUUCCCAUCCAUUUAUUUGAAUACAAAACUAAAGAAAACUCCAAAGGCUGCACUCUUUUCCCGUAAUCGCAUUAAUGAAGCCAUUCGGCUUUCUAAACUACAGGACAGAAAUAAUCCACUUCCAGUUUUUGUAUAUACCCGUCCUGUUUUUACUGAUAAUAUCACAGAAUUUCUUUCUGAGAUUGACCUUGUGAAUACAAUUGGUGAAACAUAUGCUCUUGGGGCCUCUGGAGUUGUAAUUUGGGGAAGCUUCACUUUAACCCAAACAAGCGAUCGUUGCUUGAAGCUGAAUGCUUAUAUGGAGAAGAUAUUGCAUCCUUACUUAAUCAAUGUCACUCUAGCAGCUAAAAUAUGCAGCCAGGCACUUUGUCAAGAUCAAGGAUUCUGUACCAGGAAAUCCUGGAAUUCAUCAGACUACCUUCACCUGAACCCAGAGAAUUUUGUUAUUAAGUUUGAACACUGUGACAAAUUCAUAGUGUUUGGGCAACCCUCGGUUGAAGAUCUAAUGCAAUUUUCUAACAAAUUUAAUUGUAGCUGUUUUGGCAAUACCACUUGUAUGAAGAAUGAGAAUAUAACAAGUGUUAAAAAUGUUAGGGUAUGUAUUAAUGAGGAAGUUUGCAUAUCAGCCCUUGUAAAUCCGGGAAGAAGAGUUCUACCUUCCAGAAAACACAGACAAGAACUAAACCCAUAA